AUGUGCACACUUGGAGCAGACGGGAGGCCUACUAGCAGACGCCACCGCAUAGCAGAUGAAGUUGGUCCCUUUGUACCAAUUCCGCCACCACAUGAACCACCGCAGGAGCCACCACAGCCAGUCGGGUUUCUUGAAGGACCUUCGGAUCGAUCAUUACUUGUUCGGUACGAGGAUCACGUUGCUCGUCGUAUAUGGUUCAGGGAGGAAAGAGGUCCUAAAAAGGAGCUCAAAGUCGCAGGUCAUGGGACGAAGCUUCAGGAUAGAGUGCCUCAGAUGCUCCCACCAGAGAUGGAGGCUUUCGUGUCUAGGUCAGGUCCUACUAGUCUCCAGAGAACUAGCCUGACCAAGAUAGAUGUUAAUCUUGUAUCAGCAUUUGUGGAGCGGUGGCAUAUAGAGACAUCGUCAUUUCACAUGCCAUUUGGUGAGAUAACGAUUACUUUGGAUGAUGUUGCCAGUCUGUUGCACUUGCCGAUUAGAGGUUUGUUCUGA